AUGCAAACUACUUCAAAAGAAGCUCGAAUCAAUUUAGCUAUUGAGGCUAUUCGUAUAUCUCAAAAUUUGAGUAUUCGGAAAGCUGCAAAACUCUAUAAUAUACCUUAUACUACCCUUACCUCUAGAAUGAAUGGAAUUCUGCCUCUUACUGAACGUCGAUCAGCAAAUCAUAAAAUGACAGAAUUGGAGGAGAAAUCGCUUCUUCAAUAUAUAUUGGAUAUGGAUGAAAGAGGGUUUAGUCCUCGAAUAAGUGAUGUGGAAGAUAUAGCGAAUUACAUACUUGAAACGCAGGGUGCGAAGAAGACAUACAGGACCUACGUAAUCCGUGGGUGCUACGUCUUCCGUAUCCUUCUCGUACCAACAGUUGGAAAGCUCUGGGCUUAUCGUUUUGUGAAACGAUAUACAGAAUCAAAGAUACAUUUUAAUUGCGUUUAUGAUUUUCAAAGAGCUUUCUGCGAAGAUUCAGAGCUUAUUGAAAGAUGGUUUCGAUUAGUAUCGAAUAUACGGGCCAAAUAUAGUAUUCUGGAUUGCGAUUUCUACAACUUCGAUGAGACAGGCUUUAUAAUGGGACAAAUAUCACCAUAUAUAGUAGUUACUAAAGCUGAUCGAUGUGGAAAAAGCAAAGCUAUACAAUCAGGUAAUCGAGAAUGGGCUAUAGCGAUUAUUUGUGUUGAUGGAGAAGGUCACAAUAUACCUCCGUUUUUGAUAACAGAUAAUGAGACAGGUCUUGAAUGGAUUAAGCACUUCAACAAAUAUAUUGAAAGUAGGAAAAACUUUAUCAAAGCGCAUAUCACUUAUAUUACCAAAACCGAGUUCUUUCAAGUCUUCAAAGCUGCAUAUAUCGAAGCAAUAUCUAUAUCAAAUAUGAAAAGUCGUAUUGCUCAACAUCAAGGGAGCUCAUCUACUCCAAUAUUUAAAACAAUUGCAACUUUAGCUAAAGGUACAAAGCUCUUAGCUUAUACGAAUACACUUUUAGUUGCUGAGGUUCAUAAUCUCCGCAAAGCAAAUGAAGCACUUGGUAAACGCCGGAGAGCUAGAAAAGCUUUAAUACGAAAAGGAGGAGUACUUUCAGUAGAAGAUAAGCAUGAUAUAUUAGAACAAGAGAAUAUAGAAGAUCAGAUACAAUACGAUGAAUUUACAAAUGAUGAUUCUUCAGCAAGGAGGCAAGCUACUAUACGACGAUGUAGCAAAUGUGGUAGUGCUUCACAUAAUACACAAACUUAUCAAUUAGAUCCAGCAUUAGUUGAUCUUUGA